AUGGAGAACCACCCUCCCUCGCCGCAAGCAUGCAGCUCUGCCAACCCUCCGACUGAAAGUUCCUUCAGUUUUACGCCUAUCAAAGCCCUGAGCGCCUUGCCGCGACUGUGGGAUCGCAAACCUUCGACGCCUGUCCGGGCCGGAGACAAGACACGAAAGCUGUGGAAGCGCAUUCGCUUUCCGUUUACUGGCAUGAAUACGGCGACAGAAGCCCAGACCUCGGGGAUCGGCGCCUCUAAAAACUCGGAUUAUCAGCGCGGCGUGAAACGCCAGUGUGUUGACCCCGGGGCAGACCAGGAGACCGAGGCUGAGCAACGUGGCCGGUCUUUCCUGGAGACUAAAUGGGAGAUGCAGGCGUCUCGGAAAAGACGCAAGCUGCCCGAAUUCAAUUUCAACAUCCAUGAAGAUGGCUCCAAUGAGGUGUUUGGUUUCACUGCGAACCAGCCCGAGGGCACGCCCAAACAUGUUGGCGAUGUUAUGGCCACCGAUCCAGCAUCCGAUGCAAAGACAGUGCAGGAUCUACAGUCUAGACCAUCCAGCCAAGACGCGCCUACUGUGAUCGACAAAGCAGGAGAGAACAAGACCACUGUAGUGUCCACCACAGAGUCCGUGCAAGACCUGACGCAAGAGCAGGAGAUCAAGCUGGUACGAUCGGCACUGCGAAGCUCCUUGGAUGGAGAGGAUGCAGAGCUGCUCAACGACUUCCUAUUCAGAGCAAAUGCGAAGCGGGCCGCCAAGGCCACGCAUCCUGAAGAUGCGAAAUCAACGGAAACGUCUUCCAGCCCGGGGGAGUCACCAGAAGUUGAAUGCUCAACACCGCCAUCACGCCGUGUGUUAGUGGAACUGACAACCAAUUCACCUUCACCUGUCAAGCUGCAAAUCUCACCUAGCAAAUAUGACGUCAAGCGUGGUGCCGAUGAUCAGGAGGAUAUCAUCCCCAAAGAGAUCAAGGAAGAACAAGCUCCUGCAAGCCCUGCAUAUCGCCGAAGCACCCGUGCCAAGGGCUCGAGCACCCCUAACAUGCGCAACACUAUCUCACUUCGCCGAGCCAAAGGGACAGAAUUCGUAUUUCUACAGCGGACUGAGACCCAGCAGGUGGCCAUGGCCACCAAGCGCAAUACCCGGUUCAACAAGGGCAAAUCUGUAACUCCCAUGGUCGCCCUAGAAGCUCUGGCUCAACAGUCGAGCGAGGAAGAGCUUCAGCUGGAAAACUCACAGAAUGAGGGCUCAGUUCACAAGGACACUAACUUCCGUGGGCUGACCAAACCGCGAAAGCAUGUGUCGUGGAAUGAGGAGCGUAUGGCCGAGUAUGAAGAGUACAGAGAACCAAUAUACGACCAGGAAGAUGAAGAGGAGGGUGACCGAUGCACGAAUGACGUGGGCGCAACGCCUCGCCCGCGACCAGAAAGCAAGCGUUCGGCGAAGAAAGCAGAGUCCGGCCAUCGCAGCAGUCGUAGCCAAACGCAAAAGGCAGAUGAUAGUGCCGAUAGUGGGGUCACCGAGAGCGGUCCAACCGCCCCGAUUACUGCACCUGCUACUGUAACCCCACGCUCACGCCGGGUGAGGCGUUUGGGUGACUCGGGUAUCUUGGGGUCUGGUACUCCAGUUAAGGCUGGAAGUCGCAGCACAAGCAAGCCUCCUGCAGCCUCGGCAGCCUCGGCGGACGCCGUGGCUGCUGCCCCCUCCACACCUACCAAGGGCCGCCGCAAGCUUGCACCCAAAUCGCCUAUCUCGUCCAGGCUUCCCGCACGAGCCUCCAAGGGUGCCAAUACCACUGCGGAUCAGGCUUUCGUCAGUGGUAUUCCUACUCGCAGCUCAAAAAGCACAGAUGACGGAGACCGACAGAGUAUGCUUCAAAUGAGCGCAGGGUGCACGCCCACGGCUCGGCGCGUUCGGUCGAGAUCUUGA